UGACUGCUGGAUCCUGUCAGUGCAGUGCUGUAAUUUGGUUACGCAGCAUGUGCUGUGACUCUUAUUCCACUCACACACUGGCAGCCGCCUGAACAGGAGCCAGAGUGGAAGACUGGAGUCCUGUCACUGUUCUCUACAAAAGCACUUUCUAAAAACAGCGCUUGCCUAAUAAAGAUAUGGGGCUUGUGCGUUCACCGCUGGCCUUUUCUGCACUAUAAAUACUCUUGCUGAAGAACAUUCAGGCUUUGCUUGUGCAAGGUUGGGACCUGGUACAUGCUCUGUAACAACAACAGGAUCUCUACAGUACAGGACAGAAAGAUAAUUUUAAUAAAAGGAUGCCAAGGGUGGAUGCAGACCUCAAACUGGACUUUAAAGAUGUCCUUUUCAGACCAAAAAGGAGCAGCCUUAAAAGCAGAUCCGAGGUGGAUUUGGUACGAACAUUCACAUUCAGAAACUCCAAGCAAACAUAUACUGGGAUCCCAAUAAUUGCAGCCAAUAUGGACACUGUGGGAACAUUUGAGAUGGCCAGAACAUUGAGCAAGCAUACACUGUUUACUACAGUUCACAAGCAUUAUUCUUUAGAAGACUGGAAGAAAUUUGCCUCCACUUAUCCUGAAUGUCUUGAGAAUGUAGCAGCCAGCUCUGGUAGUAGUCAAGCAGACCUGGAGAAAUUAAGCAGCAUCCUAGAAGCCAUUCCUCUUAUCAGAUACAUUUGCCUGGAUGUAGCCAAUGGAUAUUCAGAACACUUUGUAGAGUUUGUGAAGACUGUCCAUGCCAAAUUUCCAAAACACACGAUUAUGGCUGGUAAUGUGGUUACAGGAGAAAUGGUAGAAGAGUUAAUACUUUCAGGUGCUGACAUCAUAAAAGUAGGAAUUGGUCCAGGAUCUGUUUGUACAACCAGGAUUAAAACAGGUGUUGGUUACCCCCAGUUAAGUGCUGUGAUUGAAUGUGCUGACUCUGCCCACGGGUUGAAAGGGCACAUCAUUUCC